AGCCCGCGCCCCCCACAUACACACACUUUUUUUUUUGUCCACCGCGAUCGUGAACGGACGGCGCGAUUCGUGGGUGUGAACAGUCUUUAAACAUCUCGGCUGCUAGGGUUUGCUUCUGCGGUGUUCAGCGCGGGGUUUGGAUAUGGGGAAAUUCCAGGCGAUGUGCUAGAUACCAGGGCUAUUUUUUUCUCUUUGCAAUGGCAUCCGGAACUGAUGAGAAAGCCAAGAUGGAGAGUUUGACAUCGCCUGCAGCCUUUGUAGAGGGUGGGGUCCAGGAUGCAUGUGAUGAUGCAUGUAGCAUUUGCCUGGAGGCUUUCUGUGAGAGUGAUCCUUCUGCAUUGACAGGUUGCAAACAUGAGUUCCAUCUCCAAUGCAUUCUUGAAUGGUGUCAAAGAAGUUCUCAGUGCCCUAUGUGCUGGCAGCCUAUCAGUAUGAAGGAUCCUACCAGUCAAGAGCUUCUUGAGGCAGUAGAGCGGGAGAGGAAUAUAAGAACCAAUCAAACCCGGAAUACGACUAUAUUCCAUCAUCCUGCUCUUGGCGAUUUCGAAGUGCAGCAUUUGCCUGUUGUUGGUAAUGAUGCUGAACUUGAAGAGCGUAUACUGCAACACCUAGCUGCUUCUGCAGCAAUGGGAAGGUCACACCAACAUGGUAGAAGAGAGGGGCAGAGGAACCGAUCUGGCUCUCAUGGCCGCCCACAGUUCUUUGUUUUCUCUGCACAUCCAAAUACUCCUUCUGGCUCUGUUUCAUCAUCUUCCGCUCAGGGGGAAGGUGCUGACGAUUUGAGGAUUCUUGUUCCCAGAGUUGGUGACUUACCACCACAUGCUAAUCCCAUUGAAGAAGCAGGCAACCAAAGUCCAGGGGUCCUUACCUACGAUGCUGAACAAGAUGCUGUUGUUUCAUCUGGAAAUAGUACCCCCGUAUCCAGUCCUAGGUUUUUCAACAGGAGACAUUCAUCUGGACAAUCUACUCCAGUAGGUAAUGACAGGGCAGGGCCAUCAGAUGUUCAGUCUUUCUCAGAUUCUCUGAAGUCACGUUUAAACGCUGUCUCCUCAAAGUACAAAGAAUCUAUUACAAAAAGUACCCGAGGGUGGAAGGAGAGGCUUUUUUCACGUAGCUCAUCUGUGUCUGAUCUUGGUUCUGAAGUGAGACGAGAAGUUAACAAUGGAAUUGCAUCUGUAUCGAGGAUGAUGGAGCGUUUGGAAACUAGAGGAAGUGGUAGACCAAGCUAUAGCCCAACAACAUCUGCUUCUGAAGUUUGUCCCACUACAGAACCAAGCAAUGAGAGGGUUACUGAAAGUAACUCUACUACUACUAUUACGAGUACUAGCAACACUUCUACCCCUUGUGUGACCAUGUCUGGUUCAAAUUAGUGCAUGCUACUGUUUCUGAAGAAGGCCUGCAUGUGCUCAUUCUUCAUCUUCAAAGGUAUGGGCAGGUGGCAUAGCUGAAACUCCAACGACAUGAUGCCAUCUCAACUGUUGCAUAAAUCACCUCCAAAAAAAAUAAAUCUGAAUUUGAUGUAUUGGUUUGAUGGAACGGCAGUAUGCCUGAGGUAUUGGCUAGGAAGUCAAUUUAAUCUCCUGUUUCAUCUCUGUAAUUAAAAAUCCUUCAGAGACUCGUGUUUACUUGUAUAAAUAUUGGAUGUGGUAAUUUCCAUAGCAUGCUCAAUCCUGACAAAUACGACUCGUAGAGCUAAGGGUUUGAUGCUGUUGCACGGCUAUUAUUUAUAUUAAAAGUUGUAUACCUGUUCGGUGCAUUGACAUUAAUGUUUCGGUAAACAAAAUGAUGCAAGAAGGCACAGAGUUUUGUUA